CAGUUUCGUUUCCAGCUCGGCAGAGCCAGAAACUGAACUUGCGUCCGAAACAGAAACUGAAACUCUCAUUUUCCCAUCUUAAGGCAGCACGGACCUCAACACGCUACGGAUCCUACCCGCUGCCUCCUGCUCCCGGGAGCAAGGGGCACCGAGGGCUCUGGUGAUGCUGGCACCGGCUGCAUCGCACGGCAAGGGAGGGCACCAGCCUCCUUGGUGAUGCUGGGCUGGCAUCAGCUGUGUCCCACUGACGGUGUUGACACCAGGACCCACGGUGAAACUGGUUAUGUCUGCAUCUCACUGCCUACAGUGAUGCCAGGGCAUCUGCUGACACUGGUGACAGCCUCAUCCCAUUGCCCGUGAUGGCACCAUGGCACAGCAUGUCCCAGAUGUCCCAGCACCGCCUGUGCCCCAGCCCGGACACUUGAGCCCCCAGCAGGGGACUGGUGCCGGCGGUGGGGCUCUGCCUUUGUCAGGCUGGGCACCAGCGAGAGACCCUGUGUCACCGAAAGCACCGGGGCCAUGAGGUCCCACAGCACCCCAGAGCCUGGCCAGCUGCCUGUCUGCCACCACCACCCCAGCUGGAUGCCAGGGUGACGCGCAGCCACUCCUGCCCCCUCCCAGCCCCCGCAGUGGUGGCACCAGAGACACCCGGGGGAUCUCGUGGGAACCACCUGGAACCACCUUAAGUUCCCAGCGGUGACGCAUCGGGGCGGUGGCCCGGGAAGGUUUAAAAGCUGCUGCAGACAGGAGCAGGCUGUGGGAGGAGAGAGCUGCAGGCAGGGAUAGACGUAGGAAGCAGCAAGUCAGAAAAGGGCAAAGGAAGAGACACACCUGUCAGCAUGGAAUGGAGCCAGGUGCUAUCCGGGGAUGGACUGAGAACAGUUACCACCAAGAACCUGGAUAGCUGGAUCAUGGACAACCUGCAGCCCAGCACAGCUUUCUCCAAGCAGGUGAAGGACACAGUGGGGCGAAUAUGUGAAUUCCUGAAAACGACCUGCUUUGGGGGUAAAAUCAGCGUCCAAAAGACCGUCAAGGGUGGAUCAACAGGAAAGGGUACAGCUCUGAAGAAAAACUCUGAUGCUGAUGUGGUGCUCUUCCUCAGCUGCUUCCUCAGCUAUGAGGAUCAGAAAAUGAACCGAAAGGAUAUCCUGGAUUUGAUCAAGGAAAGGCUGAAGGCCUGCAGGGAGAGCUUGCGGUUUGAUGUGUUCAUCAGUGAGCCCAGGUACAAGGGUCCUGACAACAUGCCGCGCUCCCUCAGCCUUACUCUGUCCUCCAAGGAGACAGAAGAAGAGUCCACUGAUAUGGACAUCCUGCCUGCCUAUGAUGCUUUGGGGCAGGUGACCCAGGAUGCCCCACCAAAUCCAGAAGUGUAUGUGAGGCUCCUGUAUGCCUCCAGACACCCCGGGGAGUUUUCCCCCUGCUUCACUGAGCUGCAGAAGAAGUUUGUGAAACGUUGCCCUGCCAAGCUGAAGAACCUCCUGCGCCUGGUCAAGCACUGGUACAAAGAGCUGCUGAAUCCACAGUACCCCGAUGUGGACCUGCCCCCUAAAUAUGCCCUGGAGCUGCUGACCAUCUAUGCCUGGGAGGAAGGCACAGAAUCCUGUGACUACUUUGACACAGCUCAGGGCUUCCGCACGGUGCUGGAACUGCUGUGCCGGCACCGGGAGAUCUGCAUCUACUGGGAGAAGUACUACUCGCUCCAGCACAGAGAGAUUGGUGCCCAUGUCAAGGGGUUGCUAUGCAGAUCCCGCCCUGUCAUCCUGGACCCUGCUGACCCCACGGGGAUCCUGGGCCAAGACAAGAACUGGAACGUGAUGGCAGAGGCAGCUGCCAGCUACUGCUACUCACUGCCCUGCCUUGCAAAUGUCCAGCCCUGGAAUGUGCAGCCAGCCCGGCCCGUGACCAUCGAGGUGGUGCAACUGUCAGGCAUCAAACUGACGAGGUGUGUCAGCCCCUACACCACCAUCGGGCAGCUGAAAGAGAUGAUCCAGCAGAAUUGGGGCAUCCCAACAUACACACAGCGCCUGGCACAGCAAGAGUCAGGCAGAAGCAGCAUCAUCCUACAGGACUGCGAUACCCUGGCCACAUACGGCAUCUUCUACAACACCACGCUGGUGCUGCUGCAGACUGAGCCCCAGAAGAUGCAGGUCUUGGUCAAGGAUGAUAAGAAUCGGACCACUACCUACACGGUGCUGCCCACCGACACAGUCCGACAGCUGAAGGAGCAGAUCCAGGCUCGGCAAGGGCCUUCUGCCACAGAGCAGCGCCUGACCUAUGGCUCCAGGGAGCUGGAGGACCAGCACACGCUGGCACACUACGACGUCAAGCCCAUGAGCACCAUCUUCAUGCUCCUGCGGCUCCGGGGGGGUGCAGACCCCCAGCUCCCCUAGUUCCCUGCCUGCUUGCACUCCUGAGCAUUUCCCUCAGCACCAGCCCAUGCCCCUGUGUGCCCUCCUGUCAUGCUGGAAAUAAAUACGUUGUAGAUCCUUGUGCUGCUUGCUCUGUUGGGGACAGUGACAGGUGUCACAUGGUGUGGUCAAAGGGGUUGGGGUCAUCAAGCCUUUGGAAUGAGGGGGGACCUCAAUGCCACAAGCUGCUGGGAUGGCACAGGGACAUAGAGGUGCAGUGAAGUAGUGCUCCUUGAGCCCAGGGUGCUUGGUGGGAUCAGGGAUGCCAGCCUGCUGCCAGCUGGACCUGAGGAGAAAAAACCAGCUCCUUUCUCUGCCUGCUCCUGCCUGCACCACUGCCUGCCUGUGCUCGUACCGGGGGCUCAAGUGUCCAGGCUGGGGUGCAGCCAGUGCUGGGACAUGGUUUGUGCUGGUAGCAUGGUGUCACGAGAGGCUGUGGGAUGUGGCCAGUGCCACCAAGGGUCCUGAUGCCAACGCAGACAGCAGGAGGCAGCAGACUCCGAGGUCACCUUCGGUCACUGCCUCAACUGCUGCCUGUUGGCACUGGGGAAGUUUGGUUUUCAUCUUCCAGAAAUCAAAGUGGAGCUGAAAGCACAGGGAGCUGGAAGCCUGGGGGAAACCCGUCAACCUUGGCAAUGUCCCUGCAAGUCUUGUUUCCCCUCAGCCCUCCAGUGUUGCUGAACAUCCCACCCCUCUAGGCUUGGGAUGCCAGCGUGGUGGCACAUCAGGCUGCCCCCCAAGUGCUUCCUGGGGCUCUGGGUCAGAUGCACGACCCUGGGCGGCUGAAUCUGCUUUAUUGUGCUCAAUUAGUACAAGGUCCCCUGUGCCACUCUUCUACACCCAGGGCGGUGGGUGCCACCUUUAUGCCCCCCCCUCUUUGUGCCCCCCUCCUCCUGCUGGGCCCCUGUGUCCCACCAGUGCCUGUCCUGCCCCUCCGUGCUCCCACUCCUGCCUGUAGCCCUUUUGGGACCCGAGCGUGACCCUGCCGUGCCGUCCUCCCGCAGUGCCAUGCUGGGGUGGGGGCACUGCCUGGCCCUGCAGGUUUACAUUCAUCGUAACAGUCGUUAAUAAAUAUUUCGGUGACUCUGCGAUGCCGGCAGCCGGCUGGGUCCCCACCGGUGUUGGAGCCGGUGGCAAGGGCAGUCGGCAGACCCUCGGGGGGCUGCUCAGCCCGGCUGCCCUCCUGCGGCCCCGGAGCCUCAGUGCCCCCGCAGUGCUGCCGGCAGAGCGGCCGAGGCUGUGCCCCACCUGCGGCCCCGCUCCGAGGCAGAGCCCGGCGCCCGGGGCCGACCCCCGGGUCACCAGGGGGAUGCGCUGCGGGGGCCGCGCUCGGCC